CAGCACCACGUCACACCUAGGAAGGUGGCAAUGAGUUUGCUCCCAGCCUCCUCCCUCCCAAACAACACCUCUGAUGAUUGUGAAAGUUUCUGUCGCUAUUACUAACUCCUUGUCUGCCCUCUAAUCUUCUUGAUCCGUUCUUGAAUCUCCCUUUCCUCGCUCUGAACCUCUCCAACAAUCCGCUCCUUCCUCACACACCUCUCCGCUAUCAGUCAUGAGCGCACGGUCGCGUAAACUGCGCUGUAGCCUGGGAGACUCCUGGGGAGACGCAGACUACUAUUCGGACAGUGGCGCCUCGAUCCAUUCGGCAUCCUCGCUUUCAGACCAGGGUGACAGCGAGCUAGAAGACGAGGACAAAAGAUACGCACACGAACACCAAGACGUAGCAACGCCUCUUCCGCCCAGAGUCACGAGAGCAUCGUCAAGAGAGCCGCAAACCACGCCAGUGAAAACUCCACCCACCCGCAUUAUCUCGGGUCAUUCCCAAACACCCGGAAAUCCGCGGUCCCAUCGUUCUACGCCUGGAUCAGGGUCACUAGAGCCAAGCUUCAUAAUGCCCUCUAUGAGCGCAUCUCCUAACGGACUCUACAACGGCUCACCACUGCGCAACUCCCAAAUGCGGGUGAGAAAAUCGAGACAACCAUCGGUGCAGAGUCAACCGGGAAGUACGAACCCGUCACCACAGGUUCGGAAUCGGCGCACAUCAGGAAUCAGACCCGAUCAUCAAUUCGUUCAAGAGGAGCAAGAACCGCUUGGGCCGUGGCACUACGUCGAGCUGUUCCGCACACACGUUGUCUGGCCACUGGCGCAAUACAUACUGGACGUCUUCGCAUACGCAAUGAAUCACUUCAUGAAGCCGUUGCUGGGCGUGGCCGUGGGUGCAUUCUUGAUCAUCUCAAUCAUCCAACUAUCCUCCGGCUUCCUGCUGAAGACCUUCCAAACAGCACUCACGCCAAUCUGCAUCAUUCCCGGCUCAUCCUAUGUUAUCCCCUACUGCGCUACCACGCCGCGAGACGUCCACCAACCCGACUUCGAAGAAGUGAUCAAUGUUCAGUCCACCUUCGAAGAGGUGCUGGAUGCAUCAAAAGACUCAUAUGCCCUCCCAGCCACCAUGAAGAAGAGCGAAGUCGCCAUUCGUGAUCUGCGUUCGCUAGUCAAGUACUCGCAGCUCCCAUCGCGCUCGCAGCUGGAAGUCGAGUUCUCCACCUUUAUCGAAACCGCGCGUGAAGCGUCGGGCAACCUUGCGAACUACAACUCGAAGAUUGGAUAUACCAUGGACAAAGUCAUUUCAACUAAUCAGUGGUCGCUCAACGUGCUCGAAGAUAUAGCAGAGAAACAUGCGGGCAGCGGCGCCCUCUCCCGCGCCCUCUCCUACAUCAACCCGCUUUCCGUCUUCGUGGUCGGCCCAGCUUCCCUAGAACAGCAAAUCUUCGACCAAUACGUGCAACACGUGUCCCACAUCAAAGAGGACAUCCAACGGCUGAUCGAAAUCUCGCAAGCCCUGAUGGCGCUGCUCAACAGCUUGGAAGGCCAACUCGACGUCAUCGCCGACAUCGCCGCCCGCGACAACUUCAUUGUGAACAAAAACCGUGACGAACUGCUCGCCCAGCUCUGGAGCAUGCUCGGUGGUAACCGCUCUGGCAAGAAGUCGUUCGACGAGAGCUUGCGUCUGCUGAAGGAUGUCGUGCAGUACAAGGACGAGGCGGUUAAGCAUGUCAGUGCGACACUGCUCAAGCUGCAGGAGAUUUCCGCGGAUUUGGAGAACCUUCGGGAGGGUGUGGGGGCGCCCGAGGUGGUGGGGUAUAGGGAUGAGAUUCCGCUGAGGUAUCAUAUUGAUGUUGUGGGCAAGAGUGUGGAGAGGUUGAGAGAGAAGAGGGGGGAGUCGAUGCAGGUUGAACGCGAUGCGAUUAGGAAGGGGUUGGGUGAGGAUAUGGGUGACAGGGGAUUGCCGGGUAAGGAUAUGCCGACCGUGUAUGCGAAGCCGGCGAGGAAGUAGGAUUUCUCCCCUACCAGAGGGACGAGCAGGAACUCUGUUGAAGUCACUCGGCUGUGGUUGCUGAAAUGAUGGGUAUGGUAAUAGUUCCCCUACGAUGAGACGGUUAGCUGGCCCUAGGCGUUCUGGUUCCUUUGUGACUGACCCGAGCACAUGGAUAGAUACCCCUACAUAGAUAGUACUACGAUUACGACUCC